AUGGGCACCUGCAACAUCAACCUGCAGCACCUGCCGAACUUCACCGGCGGCAUCGACAUCGCGGAGAGGCUCGGCGUCGGGAAGGGCUUCGGGGGCGAGCUGGUGGAGCACACGCUGAGCCUGCUGUGGAUGGGGCAGCAGAAGGGCGGCUUCCACUACGAUCACCAGGACAACGUCCUCAUCCAGCUCACGGGGGUCGCAGACGUGCUCGUGCUGCCGCCUGCCUGCAUCGCCGCCUACGAGCCGCCGCAGAAGUGUGACUUCAUGCAGUGGCAGACCAAGGAGACAGGAAGCACCCCAAGGGGGAUCACUUCCGGGCGCCUUUUUACCACAUCCGGAUGCGCAGCGGAGAGGGCCUGGUGA